AUGGAAUACAGCAACCACCUGGAAAAAGGAGGCUCCGCGCCUUCCUCCUCCUCCUCCUUCCACACACUCCACGACACCACUACCCACGCUCCUUACACCCCCGCUCCUUCGCACGGCGCGACAGCUACCCGCGCCCGGCACGGCCACCACCACACCCGCUCCGACAGCCACCACUUCACCUCGGCCCACUCGCACUCGCACUCGCAGUCUGGCGGGCCGCUUUCUAACCCCAACCGACGGGGAUACUUUGACGACGUCGAGGAGGAGAAGGACCGCAGGCGCGCAGCCAUGAGCCCGAAGAACAUCGGGCGCGCCAUCGGCGCUCGCUUCGUGCGCGCCGUCAAAAGGGGAAACCUCCCCUUCAUGCUUGUGUUCACCAUCGACCUGAAGAAACGCGAAUUGUUCAUCGGCGCCCUCGCUGGAGUAGGGUACGUCGACCCUUCCUCGCCCAGCCCACGGGCGCGGCCAACAGAGGACCAGCAGUUCGAGCCGGGUCAGCCCGUCUUCGACGCACGGGAGGCCCAAGCUGAGCUCGAGAAGCAGAUGCAAGCCCAGCGCGCGCUGGAGCAGCAAUGGCGCCGCGCUGCCCGUCCCAACGCCGGCGCCUGGAUGCGCGACCACCGCGAUGACGGAAGCCGGAAGCAGGCCGAGAUCAGUCCCGAGGAGGCGGCCGAGAUCGCGGCGCAGGAUGCGGAGAAGCUCCGCCUGCAUGAGCGGAAUCUGCUCCGCGGACUCGAGAAUGCCCGCCUGGAGUUGGCGGAUACGGAGCAGGAACUCCUCGCCGAGAUCAAGCUGAACAAUGGCCUGCUGACCAAGCUUAGGCGGCUGCAGGAUCGGGCCGAUGCCGAGUUUGAGGCGGAGCAGGCCAAGCUUGAUGCGGAGGAGGGCACUGAUGCCGACGCUACAGCCGGAGGAGCGGCUGGGGCCGCGGGGGAGAAGAAGGUCCCCAAGCCGCCCAAGAUGCUCAUCAACCCGACGACGCACGAGCACGACGAGCGCCUGGGUAUGUCCGCCGCCGACAUGAGCAAGGACGGAGACUUGCAGAAGAGUCUUGCCAAGCUGCGCGAGAAUAUCGUCGAGACGGACACCAAGCUCGCCGAGCUCAGGAGGAGGAUUGAGGCGCACUAG